AUGUACGUGGUGAACCUCUGCAGCCUUCCCACGGCAAUUGCUCACGCUGCUCACUUCGCGUGCACCAUUCGUCGCCUAGGUCCUGCAGCGGUUAUUUGCGACCUGAAUUCACAUAUUGAUCUGCGGGACGGUUGCUCACCAUCCACGACGGCAGGAGAGGACCUCGCCGCCACCCCAAGCGGCAUGGAAUUUGGGCUAUCCGACGACCCGGCACGGGCAACGCGGAUCAGCGGCCGCAGUGUAUCGUUUCCCGACGUGACUGCGCAACGCGUACUGCGUGUCUCUCUCUGGACGUCCACCCGUUCACAUGGACUCGGACCACCAUCUGCCAUCCCACACUGCAGGGACGGAGGACGGCAUCCCGCGACAGGCAGGCAUGCUGCCACGACGGAAACAUGA